CGGAUUACAAAAAUAGGGUUAACAAAAUUAUAAAGAGUAUUUAUCAAAAGAGUAUAAACUCCUUUAACAUAACGCUCUUUUUCAUCAUUUAUUUACAUAGCUACGUCAAUUGAUACAUAUUUCAAAAACAAACAAAAAAAAACAUUAAUUUGUAAUAACAUUAUGUCGUUUAGUGAUCAUAUUUCUUUAAUUGAUUUAUCACAGCAAUUUCCCUUCGAAAUAGAUGAUCAAAUCAAGCAAGAGAUAUGUUUUGGAGAAACCCUUGUGAUUAGUUGCGGACAUAUCGAAGGUGAUUUUGAAGAUGAAUCAUCAGAUUUAGAGUGGUCAUGCCAUGAUUCGACAGAAACUGAGUUAUCUAAAGAAAUUGACCACGAAUCUUCUAUCCAGAUAAAACAAUAUGUUGAAGAGGAAUCUAUUGCAGAAGAAGUAGGCGAGGACGAAGAUGACUUCCACUUUUUCUUUUUUCCUGACUGCAAUAAAAUAUUACCACAAAAUAGUAAAGCAAGCCUUAUUCUAGUAGACGGCGUACCUAAAAUAAAUUCAGCUAUAAAACCUCCGGUAUCUUGCACUUGUGACAAAGAUAAGAAGGGUAAAUGUGAAUGUUUCAUCAAAUUACCUUGCAAAUGUGGUGCAAAAACGACAGCCGAGUGUCUCUGUUCCACACUAAAAAAUAUUUGUAUUUGUGAUGAAUCGAAUCCUCAGCCUGUUUGCACUUGCAAAGGAAGCAAAAUUUGUGUUUGUCACCCUGAUAGUAAAAUUCGACCUAAAUGUACUUGUGAUGAAAUAGCUAAACCUUGCGUUUGUCAUCCUGAUAAGUUUCCUUCUCCUAUAUGUACAUGCGAGAAUAAACCAAAAUUCAACCUUAAAAAGAGUAUGGAAAUCAUAGCAGAAGAAGGAAGUAUAGAAGGCGUUGAACAAGCAGAAGAAACGAAGGUAAUUGAAGCUGAACAAGAAAAUGAGCCAUGUGAUUGUCAAAAACCAGAAACAAAGCCCCCUUGCACUUGCCUUAAAGGACAAGAGUGCACUUGCAAAACUGAUACUUGUAUUUGUGGGGUACAGCGAACUUGUGAUUGUGAACAAAUAGAUAUUCUGGAUCCAAUUUGCAAAAGCGUAGACUCUCAAUCAGUAUGUAGUUGUGAUAUACAAAGGGAAUGUCUAUGCAAUGCUCAAACUUCCGUCGAUUGCGAAUGUUUCCCUAAAAGACUUUGUUGUUGUGGAGACCCAGAAAAAUGUAAAUGUUUUGCAAUUUGCGAAUGUACUGGACCAUGUAUUUGUGACACAAAAUUAGAUGUUUCUGAGUGUAUUUGUUUAGAUAAAGCGAAACAACUAGAAAAAGGUUUGGUUUGCUCGUGUCCUAUUCACGGACAAGAGGAAGAUCCCAUUAAACUUAAAAGAGUCAGAGCAGGAAAGCACGGCUAUAGGUGGUGUCAUCAGGUUGAUCCUCGGCACACCUACUUUGAUUAUGGUUACGAAAGACACGAUAAAAUAUCAUAUAAGGUCCAAGAACGCGAAAAGAUCAAGAUAUUGGGACUUCUGGAAAAUGAUGAGGAAAAAUUAGACACAUGUCCAGUCCAUGGCAUAAAAGCUCCUCCGUAUAAAAAGAAAGUUCGAAAACCUUCUAUUGAUUGCUGCAGCUCAGUGGGAGGUAUUAGUAUCAGUGUUGAGACUUUGGGGGAGGACAAAGACAAGUUUCUUGUGCAAGUGGUGUCUCAUGCAUCAAAAGAAGGUGCAAAAACGGGAUCAAAAAUUGUGAGCAUCUUAGACAGUCAGUUACAUACAAUGGAAGAAAACAGAACAGAGUAUAUAACAAAGAAAGAGCUUACCAAAGAACGGCGCAGCUAUAUGACUAUCUGCGAAAAGGGUUACUACAACAAAGUAACUCGUGUCUGCGGUGAGCGUGACACUGUGAAACGGUUUUAUCACUCUUUUCAAGAUUCUCGUAAUUUCAUUCUCGAAGGUGCCAAUAUUGUGCUUCUGAGAUAUUUUGGUAUCAGCCGCUACAGAGGAACUAUAAAGACCGACUGUGUUUUGAUGGAUGGUACUAUUUGCGAAAGUAUUUAUGUAUGUCUUGGAGUGAGUCAAGCUAUAGUAAAUGGGAAACCUUUGUUUGUGGUGAAAGUGGAGCGACAUAUUAUAGAACCUUCGGGUCUUUUUCACCAGACCCUGACAAUUUUGACUCUGAGAGGUUACACUGUAAGCCAUGAAUGGGCUGACAAUGCGUAUAUGUUGCAUAUAAAUCCACUCUUACGCAUAGUUCCUGAGAAGGAUGAGAUUGAGCCGCACGCUCCAUUACGAGAGAGGUGGCGUGAAGAUCUGCAGCUGCUCUCGGAUUAUUUGGACUUUAAGGGUACCAGGACAUCGGAUGGGGCACGAUAUAUGGAGGAAAACGGUGUACUAACUGGGACUGUUCGUGACUAUCUUCAAGCUUUGCUUUUGCUUCGGCCCAGCGACGCUUUGCACUUCACAAGACACUAUUUCGGAUCAGCGCUAUCUUCAUUAGAUCUGCCGCACGAUGAAUACUUUGAUCCAACCACAAAACAUGUGCGAUAUUACUUUUUCGAGCAAUAAUUCAAUGUCUUCUUCAGUCGUCUUCCAUUGCAGUAACAAUCUAAUAAAUAAAAUUCUCGUGUCACAGUGUUUGUAAAAAAACUCUUACGAAACGGUUUGACCGAUUCUUAUGAUUUUUUUGUGUACAUUCUAUAGGUCUAAGAAUGGGACGUAGGUUCACUAAUUUACAUACUCUUAGGUUGGUUCAUCUCAAAUUUUUUUGGUCAAUUUUAUAGGCCAAUCUAGAAAGUUCAAUCUGUGUUUUGGCUUGCAGGGCCUUUCCCCUAUUUUUAGUAUUGCAUUGCACAAUUUGCAUAUCAUUGCUACGAGCAUAAGUGACGCAUUUUUUCACGCAAAGUAGCAGUUAGCAAGGCUCUUUGUAAUUUUAGCCUGAGCCUAAAAGAUCCCUAAAUAUUUCACAUGGUUUAAAAGUAAAUAGACCAAGAUCGCACAAAGAAAAGGGCCUAUUAAUCUGUUUGUUUGUGACAUGUCAUUUUGCUCAUAAAAGGUUGAAUAAUGUAAGCACUUGGGUCAAAUCAUUGUAGAUUUUGACCUAAGCAUUAUAUAUCUACCUAUGUCAGUUUUCCAAUACAUUUUGUAUGCAAGCUUAAAAAAUAAUUAUUAUUGUAUAUUGAACGUACAAAGUACUACCUUACUGAGCCAUUAUAAUUAAAAAAAAUAUGGUGCUACGCGUAGCUUACUCACUACAUAUUAACUUUUUCACAACUCAUCAAUCAAUUUCUUAAUUUUUAUCAUGAUAACGUUCGUCUGCUAUUCAAUUAUAUAUUUUACAUAUUUUGUAACUCAUUUUGUUGACAUAAAAUAUAACGUAACUACUUUAUAUCAUUUAUUGACAGUCUUAUUAAAGUUAAAAAGUCAAAGUAUAUACCUAUACAUGUUUUUAUAUUUGGUAAAAUUGAUGCUUGUUUAUAAAUUGUGCAAAGUAAUUUAAAACGCUGCUUGAUUUUUCAUAGUAUCUACGAAGGUAUAUAUAAUUGGUUAUUAAAACAGGUAGUUUGGUAACAUACUCAAAAUACUAAGUAAUAGAAAACGUAAAGGACUUCUUAGAUAAAAAAUAAAGAUAUUAGAAUAUUCCAGCUGGUUUGAAUAUGGCUACUGUUACUGGUCUGUAAGCGUGUUAUACAAAUAUAAUAAAUGCUGAAAAUCGGAAAAAACUGUAAGGUUACCUGUUUGAGUUUUUGAUCUACUUGUACUACUGACUGUAUACCUCUAACGAUAACUUCAAACAACAAAAUAAAC